CAGACAAGCUGCAAGACAGUCAAGGAACCCAUUUGUUUUCCAGAAUAAAGACCACUUUCUAUUUUCUCUUUUCUUCAAGCAACAGACAGAAAGAGGGUUCUUGACAAGCUUGGUUCUCUUGUUUGAAAGAGGAGUCUGGACUGAGAACAUGAAGCUGCUGAUGCUACAGCUUUUGCUUCUGGGGGCGUUUCUGUCCCUCUGCAAUGGACGUCAAAUGAGCCGCUGCGAGGUGGUCAAAAUCUUCAAAAGUCAAGGCCUGGAUGGAUUUGAAGGUUUUGCGGUGGGCAACUAUGUCUGUAUGGCAUACUGGGAAAGCAGGUGGAAGACCCACAGGGUGCGUGAAAGCAACAACAUGGGGAAGGACUAUGGAAUCUUCCAGAUCAACAGCGCCAAGUGGUGUGACGAUGGCUCUUCGGGCGGGCAGAACCAGUGUGGGGUGCUCUGUACAGACCUCCUGAAGGAUGAUUUGAAAGCCUCAGUUGAAUGUCUUAAGAUCAUUGUGAAGAAGGAGGGGCUGAAGUCAUGGGACACCUGGGACAGCUUCUGCAAUGGAAGAAAGAUGAAGCGCUGGGUCAAAGGCUGUGACUAAAGGAAAAGGGCUUCACCGUUCUUGCUGCAUCCCCUGACCCGUGGCACAUGUUUCUUUAUCCACCCUUUCCUGCAGUGCUCCUCUGUCCUCGGCUCAACUUGUUUCAAGAUAAAUAUAUAUUUUCUUGGCUUCUGCUGCUUUCACCUUAGUGAUUCUGAGGUAAUUGUUUCAGUGCGUUAUCUAAAUGAGUGUGUAUUAGAACAAGAAGAAGAAGUCACGCAAAUAAAAGAUGCAAAAGAUUACUUAUUGCAUUUGCUUGUCAGUGUGCACUUCACAUUAAAGCACAACUCACAAAAACGUUUUUGAUUGAUGUCUUACUUUAUUGAAUAUCUUCAGAUGGUACAUUUGCCAUAUACUACUACAAUUCAGCAUGAAUUUAAUCUGCACUGAAAUUAUUUAUAAGCUCUUGAAUCAUUAGCUCAUAUUCUCUCACUCCCCACUGAAAAACUUAAAACAAAUAAGUCGCCAGAUGCUCCCAGUAAUAAGCUCCAAAAUUUGUCUGACAAGAAUUAUUCUACAUACCUACUGUAAUGAUGACGUAUUAUGGUGGAGACUAAGGGGUUGCCCCUCCCCUCGGUCCUCUCUCCC